UCCCCCUUCUCCGGGAUCCUGAAGCUCGGAUCUGGGCAGAGGAGGAGGAGAUACCCUCUGGUUUUCCUUUGCGGGAUUUAUUUUGUCAGCUCCAAACCUUCUUGUGCUUUAUCUUUUUAUAGUGACCGAAGGCCUGCAACUUGUCCGGACGGUCCCUCCCCACUCGCAAGGGAGGGAGAGUUUGCUGACCUUUGGUAAGAGGAGUGGGCUCCUGGAGAAGAAAGAUGUGGCGUCACCUGCUCAACUUACCAUGGCAGGACAUGUUCACUGAGCAGAUAUUUGCUUUAACUUGAAAAGCUCCUCCUCUGGCGGAAUUGACAGCUUGGUGAUAACGUGUUUAAUAGAUCAUUUUACACCUCUGUCAUAGGAUUUGAUGGACUGCCUUUGGGGAUCUUUGCUUGGAACCUAGCUUGGUUCAGUGACUCAAUGCAGUUUUGAGUGAGUUUCCUGUAAAAGGCUUCAUCUGUUGGAUAUUACAUGGUUACCUUGGAUCUAAUACAUUGAUAACAUUCACUUGGAUAUUGCGGAGAUUCUCCUCUGGGGUUUUCAAACGAGUGGAAGUUGAGCAGUGCCAGUGCUUGGCCCUUGAAGAGUUUGAUUCUCUGUAAGAGGAGGGUUUAUCUGGAUAUUUCAUAUGAAGGACAUGGAUGGCCCUCGCUCUAGUGGCCUCCGCAAGAAAAGGCGGUCAAGAGCGGGAGGGCGACCGGGAGCCCUCCUCAUCCCGCCAUCGACCCCCACGAAGGAAGCGGAAGGAGUCUACUUCUGCUGAAGAGGACAUCAUCGAUGGCUUCUCCAUCACCGGGUUUGUGACCCUGGAGGCUCUGGAGAAGAACAUGACACUGAAGCCCCAGGAGUGCAGAGACAACCAGGCAGCGCGCCUGCACAAGAAAAAGCCUGCCAGGGUCCCCAACGGCCUGAGCCUGGAGUCGUGCAAGAACAAUCACCACCACCAACAGCCUUCAGACCAGGAGAACAACCCCCGCCUGGCACACACGCAAGGCAAGAGGAAGAAGAAACACCUUAACAAGAAACACACAAUGCUGAAGCCAGGGCAGAACAACUGUAAGGACAGCGACAGCGAGAGUGUAAGCGGAGAGUCCAAGCCUUCCAUCAGGAGCAGCUCCAGAGACAGACUGACGGAUUGUGACACCGAGAGUGACCAAGACGACAAGGUCUCCGAUGCCAGCUCAGAGAAAUUUUUCAGCACAGCUGCAGUUAAAGUUCCAGAUUUUGGCAUCAAUGCGCUCUCCACCAAUGGCAGCCAGGAGCCUCAUGGCCCCGGCCUCCUCAAGGUGUCAGGCCUAGAGCGCAGUCAGGAGAGGAGCCAGGAGAGCUGCAGGGACCCCCAACCCCCUGCAUCCAGCACCCCCAGUCAGCCUCUGCCCCCCCAAGCCCUCCCCCUUCCCCAGCCGUUCGUCCCCCAGCACCUUUCCCCACGUCGGACGCAGACAAACGGCCCUACCCAGGCUCCGGCCUCCACACACCUGCCCCCACGCUCAGAGGCUCUCACCAGGCCUCGGACGCCCGCAGCCCUGCCUCUCGCCCAGGGUCAAGAGCCCUCGCCGCCCCCCCCUCCCCGGCCCCAGCACCAGCCUGAACUGCUGUCCCACCCCCGGCCUCCGCCGACGCCCAGCCUUCACCCACACCCGCCAUCACCUGCCCUCCCCACCCAUCACCCUCACCAACAGCACCCCAGUCAGGCAGGGCCCCACCGGCCCCCAUCACGCUGCCACCCCCGGCCCCUUUCUGCCUACAACGGCCUCAACCUCAACGGUCACAGCAGCAGCAGGAGCAGCACCCCAGGCACCAAGCCCCAAGGGCCACCCGCUCCGUCCUUGCACCUCCACCAUCCGCCUCCUCCCGCGGCGGCCACAGCAGCCUCCACCUUCCCCCUGUCCUUGGCGGCUAACCAGAGCACCCCUCACAACACUCCCCACAGCUUCCCCCCUGCCUUGCAGUCUUCGCCGCACCCACAUCACCCCAAUAUGUUCGCUCCUCCAGCGGCUUUGCCUCCACCACCACCACUUACGUCUAGCACCCUGCCAGUACCCGGACAUCCUGCUGCUGGGAGUGCCUACUCAGAGCAAGACCUUCUGCGCCAGGAGCUCAACACCCGUUUCCUGGCCUCCCAGAGCGCCGACCGCGGCGCCUCACUGGGCCCUCCGCCCUACCUGCGCACCGAGUUCCACCAGCACCAGCAUCAGCACCAGCAUCAGCACCAACACACCCACCAGCACACCCACCAGCACACCUUCACGCCCUUCCCCCACGCCAUCAUGCCCACCCCAGCACCGCCCAUGGUGCGUACCCCUGCCAGAAAUUUUGACAAAUACCCAACAAAAGUUGACCCCUUCUACAGACACAGUCUCUUCCACUCUUACCCACCAGCCAUGUCUGGCCUUCCCCCCGUCAUCCCCCCGACCGGGCCCUUCGGCUCGCUGCAGGGCGCCUUUCAGCCCAAGACCUCUAAUCCACUCGAUGUGUCCACAAGACCUGGAGCCGUCCCACACACAUUCUUACAGAAGGACCCCAGGCUAACGGAUCCAUUUCGGCCCAUUCUCAGGAAACCAGGGAAGUGGUGCGCCAUGCAUGUCCAUAUCGCCUGGCAGAUAUACCACCACCAACAGAAAGUUAAGCAGCAGAUGCAGGUCGACCCUCACAAGCUAGACUUUGGCCUCAAGCCUGAGUUCCUGAGUCGACCUCCGGGCCCCAGCCUCUUCGGCCCCAUCCACCACCCCAGUGACUUGGCACGACCCGCCACGCUCUUCUCCGCUGCAGGUCCCACACACCCAUCAGCAGGUCCUUUCGGUCACCCGCCCCACCAUCCUGGAAACUUCCUCACUCCAGCAUCUCACUUAGAACCUUUCAGUAGGCCUACAUCAUUUGGAGGACUGGGAUCUCUCAGUUCAUCGGCCUUCGGGGGACUGGGAAAUCCAGCACUAACGGCCAACUCGGUGUUCGGCCAUAAAGAUGGCCCCACCACACAGCAGCACUUCAACAGCAGCAGUAACAGCAGCCACCAGGAGCCAUGGAACCGCCUGCACCGUACGCCGCCCUCCUUCCCCACACCGCCACCCUGGCUGAAACCCGGAGACUCUGAGAGGAGCACCUCGGCCAGCUCGCACGAGAGGGACCGAGACUCUGACAAACGGGACUCGUUGGUCAGUAAAGACGACAAGGACAGGGACUCUGUAGAAAAGCGUCAUCCGAGCCAUCCGUCCCCAGUCCCUGUCAACCCCAUCAGCCUCCUUGGCCACAGCCGGCCUCCUGAGCACCACAGGAACCACCUGCCCCCUGCUUCUGGAGAGCUUCAGAGGGACAAGGAGAACAAGGCAAAAGACAGGGAGAGGGAGCACUCAGACUCCUGGAAAGACAAUGGGACAGAUGACCUUAAGCUCAAAGACAACCAGCACAGCGACAAGGACACGCCUGUCAUCCAUGACGCCCGGGUGUCAGAGGACAAAGUGUCCAACAGGGGGGCGGCAUCGCCCUACGUCCGGCAGACCAGCCUUGAACGUCCCAACGGCGGCCUGAGCAGGGAAGUCCUGGAGAAGAAGGUAGAGCUGCCGUACGAGCACCAGAAGAAGAACAGUGAGGUGAAAGUGAAGGAGGAGCGUAAGGAGGAGCAGGAUGGAGCCACAGAGAGAGCAAACGAGCACCCGUCACAGGCACCCUCCACGCCAAACCUCCACCCUCCUUCCUCGAUGCCUGUGCCCAUGGGCAUGGCCGGCGUCCACCCCAUCAACACCAUCAGCGGUCUGGAGAGAACUCGAGUGGUGGCGCCCUUCAUGGGUAUCAGCCCCAUCCCAGGAGCGGACAGGUUCCCCUACCCUGCCUUCCACUGGGACCCAAUGAGGGACCCCUACAGGGGCCUGGACAUUCACAGACGGGACCCUUUGGCCAGAGACCUGCUGCUGAGGAAUGACCCUCUGCACCGGCUGGCAGCACCUCGCCUCUAUGAGGCCGAGCGCUCCUACAGGGACCGUGAGCCUCAUGACUUUAAUCGUGACCACGCCCACCCUCUAGCCCUGGAGCACAGGAGGGAGCAGGAGCGUGCCCAGCUGGAGGAGCGCGAACGUCUCAACAUGCUCAGAGAGGACUACGAGCAUGGGCGCCUCCACCCCUCAAUGCACCAUCCAGCCCUUGACGGACACCUCCCCCACCCUGCCCCGGGCCUCAUGGCCCCCGGACUCCCAGGCAUGCACUACUCCAGGGUCAGUCCCACAGCUGCGGCGGCGGCAGCUGCUGCCGCUGCCGCAGCCCAUCAGAACGGUAUACUGAACAAAACACCACCCACCGCCUCUCUGAGUGCCCCACCCCCACUCAUCCCCACACUGGGUGCCCGGCCCGGCUCACCCAGACGGACUACUCCCCUGGCCACAGAUAUCAGAGACAGACCGGCUCACAAAGACAUCGAGGCACGGUGAGCUGAGCCUCAGCAGACUCAGUGCCCCUGCUGCCCUGUGCCUCACUAACACUGAACUCACACCAAGCACUUAGCUUUGGGCAAAGCAAGACUGUAACAUAGCUGUGAAUAACUUACGUGGGCAGAGAAAUGCCCACACAAUGAAUUGUUUUUGUAUAAAACUACAAAGAGACAAUAAUCAUGGAACAAAAAAAAAUUUUUUUCAAAGAUUUCUUUUUCCAGUUUGCUCCAGUUUCUUGUGUUCAUUCUUUCUCUUGUAUAGCAAAGUGACGUGGAGUAAGAAUGAACAAUUUUGGAAUGUACAGGUACUUUAGCACUGACAGACGGCAAAGUGUGUAGAUAAUGUGUACAGUUGCUGUGCUCGCUCUGUAUGGAUUAAAAAUCAUGGUACAAAUAUGCAAAAGGGUGUUUUGAAAGCUUUACUUUGAACACAUGUAAAUAGAGGAGUAUUACAGCAGUGAUUCAGAAUGUGCUUUUUGCAGUUUCCUUUUUGUUUUGUUUUUUCGGUUGACGCAGUUGAUUAGCAUUGUACCAGAGACCCCACAUUCAACUAUGCAACAAAUGUCUGGGCUCCCUUUCUGAAAGAUGGCCUUCUCACCAUAACUGACUGUGUACCAAUAAAUGACAAAAAGCUGUAUUCUCUCCACAACUCAGACUUGACACACAUUGGGUCCAUGUAAACCGAUACAAGCUUUAACUGAUCCACACAGGCUUUGUAGGUAGCAAUUUGGAUUAAACAAAAAGGUAAUGCUUUGAAAAUUACUUUCUCAAAUAUAAUACAUUGUGGUGACAAUCUUAGAAACAGUUGAUGGAAGUAUUGCAUUUCAAAGGAUUUUCAAUGUAAAAAGCCAGCAGCACAAAUUUUAAGAAUCUUUUUUUUCCAUUCUUCCUUCACUCAGUUACCACCAGUCUUGUUUUGGGGAGAAUGCAGCACAUUAAACACCAUGACAGCACAUUUGCCCUAUUGAAGAAGUGUAAAGUACAUGUUUUGGAAAUAGGUUCUGUUGGUCAAACAGUGUAUUAAUAAAGUGCUUUCCUAAGUUGUUGUACCUACAAAAUCAAAAGACAAAAAAGCAAGUCUAAACUAUGGACAGUUUGUUUCUAAUGAGCAGAGAUCUAUUUUAGUAGUCCACUGAAGGUUUAGUUGUGCGCUUCAAAUUCUGUGAUAUCAUGUCGUGCAGUGUUUUUUUAAUCCAACAUAAAAAUGUCCACCGGAGCCAUAGUGGUUAGUCGAUGCGUAUUGCAAAAAGAUUGUUAAAUGAGAAACUUCUUUUGCUGUUUACCAUGUACAGGGGAAAAAAAUGAAGUCUUUCUAGAUCAUGUACAAAAAUGAGAAAAAAUGAAGCGACUGAAUCUUCAGCAUGCUCCUCAUUUAAACUUGUGUUAUGUAAAUUGUGCCAUGUUAUUAAAAAAUGUGUACUAA